GCCCACACGCAAAAGGGGCAAAAGGAGCGAAGGGGCGUUUGUUGUUGCGACUCGUGGAGAGCUCAGAUCUGCUAAAAGUUGCUAGUGAUUUCGUUUCGACGAGAGUUCAAAAAACCCCGGUCACUCCUUUAAAGAAGAAGAAGAAGAAGAGGAAGAAGAGGAGGAGGAGCCACUUAAGAGCGCCCGAAGGGACGAGAGCGUUAAUUUGGGCAAGUGCGGGGAGCUGAAACAGAAGAAGGAAAGAAAAAAAAAAAAGAAAAAAAAAAGAGAUGCGGAGGUUAGCGUGUUGUCGCCGCCGAACCAAGGACAUGAGCGUCGACUUCGAGGAGCACGAGAGGGUGAAAAUGUACAAUGGCCUCGAGAGCCGUAUACUGAACAGCUGCUCAUAUGAUGAGGAAAGUGGGGCUAGCGCAAUGACCGGUGGGGAUGGCUGUGUGACCGCUGACUCCCUUGACGAGGAAGUCUCGAGCUGCUUCUCUAGCAAAGAUAUUACAUGUGACUCUUCUUCCUUCUCCUCCCAUUGCUUGCUAUCGAGAAAGCAGGAGGAGAACACACUCGACGAAUUGGACACCCCCAAAAGCCUUCAUAACCUUUGUAGUAAAGAGAAGGAGCCGAUCACUUACUCGAUGAUUGCCUCGGAUGUGGAGGCCAUGAAGGAGAAGUUUGCGAGACUGUUGCUUGGCGAGGAUGUCUCUGGAGGGACCAAAGGGCUCAGCACUGCUCUUGCAUUAUCUAACGCCAUAUCAAACCUCUCAGCAACUGUUUUUGGGGAACUGUGGAAAUUGGAACCCCUAUCUGAGGAUAAAAAGAUCAGGUGGCAUAGGGAAAUGGAGUGGUUGCUCUCUCCCACUAACUACAUGGUUGAGCUGGUUCCUUCACAGCAAAACGGGGCUAAUGGUGGGAUGUUGGAGAUUAUGAUCCCAAAAGCUCGUUCGGAUGUUCAUGUGAAUCUUCCUGCCCUACAAAAGCUCGAUUCCAUGCUUAUUGAAGUGUUGGACUCAAUGGUGGACACGGAGUUCUGGUAUGCUGAGUGUGGCAGCCGAGAGGAAGGCCGGAGCCGAAAUGCUGGUCCGAGGGCAAACAAGAAAUGGUGGCUCCCAUCUCCACGUGUUCCUGAUUCAGGCCUCUCCCACUCGGAAAGAAAGCGGCUUGUAUUUAAGGCAAAACUCGUCCACCAAGUUCUCAAGGCUGCCAAAACAAUUAAUGAACAAGUCCUACUCCAGAUGCCUAUUCCUCCUACUGUCAAGGAUAACCUUCCAAAGUCCGGAAGAGUUAGAUUGGGUGAAGACAUAUACCAGGCUAUAACUGCAGAAUGUUGUUCUACUGAGGAGAUCUUCGUCUCAUUCAAAUUCACAAGUGAGCACAGAGUGCUUGAGACGGUGAACCGAUUGGAGGGGGCAGUGUUGGCCUGGAAGCAGAAAAUUUCUGAUGAGAUGGAUAAGAGAUCGCCAAUAAGAUAUCCAUGGCACAUUUUGAAGGAUAAUGUAUUAGAAACUGAAAAAAUGGUGCUUUGUACUGAAAAAGUUGAGGCACUUCUGCAGCAUAUAAAGAGCAGAUAUCCGAAUCUCCCUCAAACAUUUAUUGAAGUAAUUAAGGUCAAAUACAACAAAGACAUUGCACAUUCUAUUGUCGAAGCUUACUCGAGGGUUCUGGUUGGACUGGCAUUCAGUAUACUGUCGAGGAUAGGAGAUAUCCUCAUAGAGGAUGACCUGAAGAAGCCCACUACUCCCAUCGCCACUCUCAAAUUCGACUUCUGUUCUGACGUAUACCUCUCCGGUAUCACUGAAACUCCGCCGGGCCACAUCAAGCGAUCUCUAAUAUACCAGAUGAACAUGGUCGACGGGCGCACUAAAGGAACUGAAGUCACCAAGGGCAUCAAAGAUUAUUCUUUUGAUAAGAAAUCGAAGAUGAUCACCGUGAUCGCGGCGAGUCCACUAAGAAACAAAGCUUGGUGUUAUGGAAAAGAAGAGAGUGAAUAUUGUACCCCAUCUUGCUCUCCUUAAUUUACCAAGCCAAGGUGAAACGAGAAAUUUUUUGAACUGAUCAAUGUAUAGAAAGGGCAAAGAGGGCGAUGGACAGAGAGAGAGAGAGAGAGGGAUAAGUAGGCUAUAUUAAUCCUCUGUAAAAUAACUAUGUUUUUACUGCAAAAUUGUGCACUGCUGUAAUGCUGCUUUUGUUAGUCAACACAAUAUUCUGUGGAAAAGAAAGCACUCAGUAG